AUGCCAACCGAUAACAGCGACACAAUAACCUCCGACGAGGCUGGGACCGCCCGCCAGAGUCAGGGCAUGCUCAAGGUCCCUUCGAGAUCCUCUUCACAACAAAAAAUCCAAGCUGCGCCCUCUGCCACUGGCCGCAGUAGCAGCAGUGCCCGCUCCAAGGACUCCAAGAAUAGCUACGCCGAAGCGCAGCCCAACGGCUCUAUGAGUGCUACGCGCCAGGUUGGGGACGCUGAUGUCGCCAGCACCCCUGGCCACACACAACCAAGCUCGCCAUCCGCCAGCGAGCAGAAGCAAAGAAGGAAAAAGGGAGGCCUUCUUUCUCUACUUGGCUGCUGCGGAGUCCCAGAUGAUGAGGACAAAAGCAACGUUCACAAACUAAACAAACUUCCUCAACGGCCGACCACGGCUAAAUCUCGAUCCCAAACUUCUCAGGACCAGUACGCUCGCAACUCGAAUGAGAAGCCCAACAACACAGUUGCUGCCACUACCGACCAGCAAGGAGCCUCGAGCGCCUCCCAGGAUAUCAUCAUGGAAGAAGCGGACACGCACCACGAGAACCCGCCUGCCGUUGCCGUCGAGCCUCCUAGUGCACCGCAAUCAGCAGGUGGAGGCAACUCUUCCAAUGGCGAUGACUCCGAAAUGCCCGACGCGCCUGAGGAUUCUCGCGAAACGCCAGUCGUAGAGUCUCCCGAGGAGCCUGACGAGAGAGCUGUGCCACCUCCGCCCCCUGGGCCUGCCGUCGCUACGACCGUCCCGUUCCCCCUCCCUCCUGCUGCUGCUGCAGUGGAGGAGGAGCGCAAGUGGCUGCUACCCCCCAUUGCUCCCGAGCACAAGGGCCGAAAAUGUCUUGUUUUGGAUCUUGAUGAAACCCUUGUACACAGCUCAUUCAAGAUUCUCCACCAAGCCGACUUUACGAUACCUGUCGAAAUUGAAGGCAAUUAUCACAAUGUAUAUGUCAUUAAGCGACCCGGAGUCGACGAAUUCAUGAAGCGAGUUGGCGAGUUGUACGAAGUUGUCGUUUUUACCGCGUCUGUUUCUAAGUAUGGAGAUCCUCUAUUAGACCAACUCGACAUUCACAAUGUCGUUCAUCACAGACUUUUCCGCGAGAGCUGCUACAAUCAUCAAGGCAAUUACGUCAAGGAUCUAUCGCAAGUCGGACGCGAUCUCAAAGACACAAUCAUCAUUGACAACUCACCGACCUCGUACAUAUUCCACCCUCAACACGCCGUUCCCAUCAGCAGCUGGUUCUCUGACGCCCACGACAAUGAAUUGCUAGACUUGAUUCCUGUCCUCGAGGAUCUGGCUGGCCCCAAGGUCUCAGAUUCUUCCCCUCGUGCUUCCUCGCCCGAAGGCGCUGCCACCGGCGCCAGCCUCAACCGUCCCUCGUCGCCCACGCCCCCCGGCGGCCCCCGAACGGCCAUUCGUCGCCGCGCCGCCGCCGACCAGAAGGAGAAGAUUGCCAAUGCCCGUCCCAGCAGCACCCGCUCGGCCGGCGCUGGCGGCUCUAGCAGCACCAUGCUGAGACUCUACACUGAUGAGUCUCCCGGCCUCAAGGUCGACCCCGUCGUUGUCCUUGUUCUGUCUCUUGUCUUUAUCUUCAGCGUUGUUGCCCUUCACAUUAUUGCCAAGAUUACCCGAAAAUUCUCGAGCUAG